CUUUCUCUGAAUCAUCCUCUCUGAGUCUCUCUGACACUCUCACCAACCUAAUUUCUCCAAACCUAAAAAGUUAUCGCCCAUGGAUUCAGAUUUCGGAAUCCCCAGAGAACUCUCUCCUCUUCAACAACUCCGAUCUCAGUACCACCCUGAGCUUCCUCCUUGCCUCCAGGGGACUACUGUUCGUGUGGAGCUUGGUGAUGGAACCACUGUGGCAAAGGCUGGUGAUGCUCAUAUCAUUGCCCGUGCCUUCCCGCAUACUCUAGGCCAGCCUUUGGCUCACUUUCUUAGGGCAACUGCUAAAGUUCCUGAUGCUCAGAUCAUUACUGAACAUCCAGCAAAGAGGGUUGGAAUUGUGUUUUCUGGAAGACAGGCUCCUGGUGGGCACAAUGUAGUUUGGGGACUUUAUGAGGCUCUCAAAGUGCACAACGCGAAGAACACUUUGCUUGGAUUUUUGGGUGGUUCUGAAGGUCUAUUUGCCCAGAAGACCCUGGAGAUCACUGAUGAUGUCCUUCAAACUUACAAAAACCAAGGUGGCUAUGAUAUGCUUGGAAGAACCAAGGAUCAGAUUAGAACAACCGAGCAGGUCAAUGCUGCACUAAAAGCUUGCACGGAUUUGAAAUUGGAUGGCUUAGUUAUCAUUGGAGGUGUAACAUCAAAUACAGAUGCCGCCCAUCUUGCUGAAUUUUUUGCUGAAGCAAAAUGCCCAACAAAGGUAGUUGGUGUUCCGGUCACUAUUAAUGGAGAUCUUAAGAAUCAGUUUGUGGAAGCAAAUGUUGGUUUCGAUACUACUUGCAAGGUGAAUUCUCAGCUCAUUAGCAAUAUCUGCACCGAUGCCCUUUCAGCAGAGAAGUAUUAUUACUUCGUCCGUCUCAUGGGUCGGAAGCAUUCACAUGUUGCCCUUGAGUGUACACUUCAGUCUCAUCCCAACAUGGUGAUACUGGGUGAAGAGGUUACAGCAUCUAAGCUCACAAUAUUUGACAUCAUAAAACAAAUCUGUGAUGCUGUUCAAGCAAGAGCAGAACUAGACAAAAAUCAUGGAGUCAUCCUAAUUCCUGAAGGGCUUGUUGAGAGUAUUCCUGAACUCUAUGCUCUGUUGAAGGAAAUUCAUGGAUUGCUUAAGGAGGGUGUGCAGGCUGAUAAUAUUUCUACUCAGCUGUCACCUUGGUCAUCUGCUUUGUUUGAGUUUUUGCCUCCAUUCAUUAAGAAACAGCUACUUCUCCAUCCCGAGUCUGAUGAUUCUGCUCAGCUAUCCCAGAUUGAGACGGAGAAGCUUCUAGCUUAUCUUGUGGAGACUGAAAUGAACAAGCGCUUGAAAGAAGGGACCUACAAAGGGAAGAAAUUCAACGCAAUCUGUCACUUUUUUGGUUACCAGGCUCGUGGAUCUCUUCCAUCAAAAUUCGAUUGUGACUAUGCCUAUGUUCUUGGACAUGUAUGUUACCACAUCCUCGCCGCUGGUUUGAAUGGUUACAUGGCAACAGUGACUAACCUGAAGAGCCCUGUAAACAAAUGGAAAUGUGGGGCUGCGCCGAUUUUAGCAAUGAUGACGGUUAAGCGCUGGUCCCAAAAUUCUGGUUCUACUUCGAUUGGUAAACCUGUAAUUCAUCCAGCUUCAGUUGACUUGAAAGGCAAAGCAUACAAUCUAUUGAGACAAAAUGCGCAGAAAUUCUUGAUGGAAGAUAUGUACAGAAACCCAGGACCGGUCCAGUAUGAUGGUCCAGGUGCAGAUGCAAAGGCGGUAAGUCUGUGUGUAGAAGACCAGGAUUACAUGGGGAAAAUCAAGAAGCUGCAGGAGUAUCUUGAUCAGGUGAGGACGAUAGUGAAACCGGGUUGCUCUCAAGAUGUUUUGAAAGCGGCAUUGAGUGUUAUGGCGUCGGUGACUGAUGUUCUCACUACAAUCUCAUCUUCUUCUACCAGCGGUCAGCAAUUUGCUUAAAGAUCCCUUUUUAAUUUGUUGGUUUUCCCUUAACCAUAAACUCCAUUAGCUCUCUCUUUUUCCAUUUUGAAGUCAGUCUUCUGAUUGACGCAAACUUUAUUGUUCAAAGUUGAGUUUAGGAAAAGAAUUUUCGAAGUUAAAGGAUUUGGGUAAUGCUUUUAAUGGAGAAGUCUGUGUGUCGGUUCACUAAUCUUCUUGUUACCUUCUCGAUCAUAACUUGUAUAUGAUGCGUUACACAAAGACUUAUUUACUAAUAUAUGACAAGUGGACAC